UUCGGGCCUAACACUGCCUCGCGCUCUGAUCUGAGGUCAGCGUCCCUGCGCGAGGCGUGAUUCAUUUUCCCACAAUGCACUGCGCAUCUGUCAUGGCAGCUCACUGAUACCACUGGCACCACAUGGGUGGAGGUAAACGUUUUUCUCCGUGAUUAAGAAACACGUGUCAGCUCAUCAGCCGCCGGCUUUGACCGAGGACCGCCGUGCCUGAAGCCCGCAGCUCCCGCUUCACUGUGACAGGAACAGAGGCGUCCAGGAUGCCGCUGCCGCUGGAUGUGGAGGUCCCGCUCCUGCGAGGCUUUUUAACACCGAGCGAGGCGGCGGGAUGGAAGCAGAGCAUCUCCGCCACUGCAGAGACCUGCUCUCUACUGGAGUCUUUGAUGGAGGGGGACUUUGAAGUGGUCCUGCUGAGCCCCCAGGUGUUAGAUCUGCUGACUGGAGAUGGCAGCUGCACUGAGGAGGAGGACAUCGAGGCUUACCUGGAGAGACGGAUCCUGCUGUACCUUACUUGUGGCACCAGUGAUGAUGACCAGACCAACAGGGAGCUGGUUAUUCUGGUGCUGGCUAUCUCUUGCCUCCACAUGUUUGCUCAGAGUAACUGGACUGGUCCUCCGGUCUCCAUCCAUGUCUCUGACCUGCUGCCCCCAGCCCUGCUCUCCUCUAGGACCCUGGUUGAUGCUAUCCACUCCAGCCUGCUCUUGGAUGGGGAGUCUGUGUACAGCCUGGUUUCCAACCCUUUCCUCAUCCUGCUGGCCAGAGUUAUUCUCACCAAGUGCUCCUCCAAGAUGGACAGCCUCCAGUUGCUGCCCUGGUGGACUCUACGCUACAUCAACCUGCACCAGCAAAUCCUGGAGGCCUGUUCCCCACAGCUCCUUGACUUGGCCCACAGCAGCAUAGACAAAGUGCUGAAAUGCUCGUCUGUGUUGUCGGAGCAGAGAAACCUGGCUAUCCAGUUCCACCUCGAGUGUGUCUACACCAGUCUGACCUACUAUGAGUACCAGCCAGCCAAGGAACAUAUCAAGAGGGCCCAGGAGCUCUCAGGGCUAAAUAUCAACAUAACUGGUGCUCUUGGCAAACGGACACAUUUCCAGCAGAAGUUCUUGGCUCAGCUCAUCCUCGAGGUCAAGAGAAAGCAGGGCCAGCCUGGCCAGACAGAUAAUGAGGCCAGUCCUACCCCUACACCUCUGGCCAUCCUGCCCAAGAACUACAAUUUAGGUGAUGACACAGUUCUGGAUAAGAUCAAUUUAGCCGAGCCAGACCAGCAUGAGCUGCCUGACCUCAGCGCUGAGGAGCAGGCCGUCAUCCUGGGUGUCUGCACUGACUUCAAGAAGAAUAACCCUGUCCACAGACUGACUGAAGAGGAACUCCUGGCCUUCACGUCUUGUAUUCUGUCUCAGCCUAAAUUUUGGGGUAUUGAAGUCACGGCACUUUGCCUGAGGACCAAGCUGGAAAAAGGGAGCUCCCGAUGUGUCGAGAGAGCCAUGAUGCAAACCCAGGCGAUAGUAGACCACUUUGAAGACAAGAACUGUCCUAUGACCGAGCGGCUCAAAGUCUUUUACUGCUGUCAAGUCCCGCCCAGAUGGGCUGUCCAGAAACAGCUGGCCAGCCUGCUGACAGACCUCGGCUGCACCAGUUCAGCUCUGCUCACUUAUGAGAAGCUGGAGCUCUGGGAGGAUGCAGUUAUCUGCUACGAGAGGCUGGGCCAACAUGGCAAAGCUGAAGAGAUCGUCCGCAGGGAAUUGGAGAAGAAGGAGACACCCAGUCUGUACUGCCUACUGGGAGACAUAUUAAGGGACCAUCAUUACUACGACCGGGCAUGGGAGUUGUCAGGCCAACGCAGUGCCAGAGCCAUGCGCUCAAAAGCCCUGCUACACCUGCACAACAAGGACUUCCAGAAGUGUGUUGACUGCUUUGAGCAGUCACUCAAAAUCAACACGCUGCAGCUUGGUGUGUGGUUUUCCCUCGGAUGUGCCUACUUUGCCCUGGAGGGCUAUGGAGGAGCUGCCAGGGCUUUCCAGAGGUGUGUGGGUCUAGAGCCAGAUAAUGCAGAAGCAUGGAGCAAUCUCUCUGCAGCAUACAUCCGCCUCCAAAAGAAAGACAAAGCCUUUCGUACCCUGCAGGAAGCCCUCAAGUGUAACUACGAACACUGGCAGAUCUGGGAGAACUUCAUUACUGUGUGCACCGACAUCGGGGAAUUCGCUGAAGCCAUCAAGGCCUACCAUCGUCUGAUGGACCUGAGGGAAAACUACAAGGACAUCCAGAUUUUACAGAUCCUGGUAAGAGCAGUUGUUGAAAAUCUGAUGGACAGCCACGGGGAGCAGGCAGUGACUGUUCAGCCCAAACUGAAGGAGCUCCUGGGCCGGGUCAGUUCACGCCACAGUAGUGACGCUGAGAUAUGGCGGCAGUACGCUCUGCUGUAUGGCAAUGGCCACAGCUCCAACCCAGAGGACAAUGAAAAGUCACUGCAGUUCUUGUCAAAGGCCCAUCGCUGUGAGGUGCAGGCUGGGGGCUGGGAGAAGGAAACUGGUCUCUUCAAAGAGGUGAUCAAACGAGCCAUUAAUAUGGGUGAAGUGAGCAUCAGUUGCAGUAAGCAGAAGAGCAAUCCAACAGAGGCUCUUCAGAUGCUGUCCUCCACCCGCCUUAGCCUCAGGAGUCUGGUCACCAAAGCUAAGCAAAUGCACACAGAUGUGGCCACGGGUCAGAUCCACACUGAGCUGCAGGACGGUGUUGCUGCUCUGGAGCGCCUCAUAGCGGAGCAGCAGGAGAUGAGUGGGAGGCUGCGUGAGCAACCACAGUGACCAUUCUCCUCAGAAACACCAGAAGCUGUGGCUCUGGAAGCUCCUCAGUACUAAAUACUGAUCAGAGACAGACAGACUCUUCAGCUCAGUCAUCAUCCUUGUGCAUUGUUCAAUGUUUUUAUAUCAGGUUUUACAUGUGACAGCUGAGAAUAACUAAAGAUCAAAUGAGAGAUGGAAAGCUGGCCUCCUCGUCAUGUAUGAUGUAUAUCAAAUAUAUCAUGUAUGACAAAUCAAAUAAUAAAGUCUUAUCUAAAUUUGAA